GCGAGUGUCCGCCGCACCCAGACCCUGGCCGAGCCCCAGGCGGCAGCACAUGGCGAGAACGCGAGAUGGCUCCUCCUACGGCCGAGAAGAUUCUCAUGCGCAAAAUCAAGAAAAGCCAGAAGAAAAAGCUCAAGUUGCUGCAGGAUAAGAAAGGACAGGAAGGCGAAGGUACUCAAGAGAUCAAGUUGCCAGAGGAUGAGACAGAACGGCUGAUCCUCACCCACAGUGUUCUUGGCAAGCGGCCGGCCGUGGACGAUGAGCCACUCCCAAAGAAGAAAAAGAGGAAGAAGAAGUUGAAGGAAUUGGAAGAAGCUCUUGAUGAAGGGGCUGAUAAUGAAGUGCAAAAUGACAGCACUGAACAGAAGCCUAAGAAGAAGAAAAAGAAGAAAAAACCUCAGCAGCAGCCUCAACCUGAGAGUGUCCCUGAGAAUGGAGAGGAUGAAAAUGAGAUGAAAAGUGAGGACAACAGUGGGGAGAGUGAGGAGACAGGAUAUGAAAGUGAAGGGGGCACUGACAACACAACUCUGGGUUAUGAUGCAACCGUCAACAAGUCCUUUGAGAGCCUACGUGGACAAGUGUCUGAGGAGACAAUGAAGGCCGUAGAUGGCAUGGGCUUCACCGAAAUGACAGAGAUCCAGGCCAAGGCUAUCCCCAAGCUGCUUGAAGGCCGGGACCUGCGUGGGACAGCGAAGACUGGUGCUGGCAAGACUUUGGCCUUUGUCAUCCCAGCCGUAGAGCUGAUACACAAGCUCAAGUUCAAGCCGAGAAAUGGUACUGGUGUGAUCGUCAUCUCACCAACAAGAGAAUUGUCAAUGCAGACUUUUGGAGUGUUGCGUGAAGUGAUGCAGGAACACACACAGACCUACGGCCUCAUCAUGGGAGGUGCCGACCGCAAGAGUGAGGCAGCAAAGCUGGCCAAAGGUGUGAAUAUUAUUGUGGCCACCCCAGGAAGACUGUUGGACCACUUGCAAAACACUCCAAAUUUCCUCUUCAAAAACCUUGUGUGUCUGGUCAUCGAUGAAGCUGACAGAAUAUUUGAUGUUGGCUUUGAGGAGGAAAUGAAGCAGAUUUUGCGGAUUCUACCAAAACGAAGACAGACGAUGCUGUUCAGUGCCACCAAGGAUGACAAGACCAACGAGCUUGCCAAACUGGCGCUGAAGACUGAGCCCAUGGAGGUGGACGUUGACUCUGACAAGAUCAGUGCCACCGUGGAGGGCCUAGAGCAAGCUUACUUGGUGUGCCCAGCUGACAAGCGGUUCCUCGUUCUGUACACAUUUAUCAAGAAAAACCGGAAGAAGAAGGUGAUGGUGUUCUUCAACUCCUGCAUGACAGUCAAGUUUUACCAUGAGCUCCUCAACUACAUCGACCUCCCCGUCAUGUGCAUUCAUGGCAAACAAAAGCAAGUGAAGCGGACCAGCACGUUUUACCAGUUCUGCAACGCCGAAUCUGGCAUCCUGCUGUGCACGGACGUGGCUGCCCGUGGCUGGGACAUUCCAGCUGUUGACUGGAUAGUGCAGUAUGACCCCCCAGAUGAUCCAAAGGAGUACAUUCACCGUGUUGGAAGGACAGCCCGUGCAGGAGGCCAGGGACACGCGUUGCUCUUCAUCCGGGAGGAAGAAAUCGGCUUUGUCCGCUUCUUGAAGGCCCAUAAGGUGAAUGUGGAGGCCAUGGACAUCACGUGGAGCAAGGUGGCCAACAUACAGCCUCAGUUGGAGAAGCUGAUGACGCAGAACUACUUCCUGCAUGCCAGCGCUAAAGAGGCUUUCAAGGGUUAUGUUAGAGCUUACAACUCCCACCAGCAGAAGGACGUGUUCAACAUAAACACACUUGACCUAAAAAAGGUGGCCAAGUGCUUUGGCUUCCAAGUUCCACCAUUUGUGGACUUGGGUUUCACAGCAAGCAAACAUCAUGGACGGAGAGGUGGCGGUGGCGGCGGUGGCUUUGGCGGGAAGAACAAGAAGCAGGUGGCUAAAGCUAAGAUUUAUAGACCAAUUAACAAAAAAUAGGUAUAUAAAUAAAUAUAUAAAGUUAAA